AGAAAGUCCAGGCUUCAGGAAUGGUCCCCAAGCUCAGCUUCUCUGAAGGCAGGAAGAAAAUAAUCAUUCAGCAAUGGAUUGACCUCCCUCGCUCAGCCAUGCCUAUCUGUGGACCAAGCAACGCCAUCCCUUCCUGCGCUGCCACCCCCAGCGUUGGCUUUGGAUCCGAGAACGUGGGCUUCGGGGGCGCCUUAGGCCUUGGGGGCUUGGGUUCCAUUGGCAGCGGCUACGGGGGCUCCGUCUCCGCCGCUAGUCUCGGAGAGCUUCAAGGGGUCCCAGUUGAUUGCAUCGUCCAGCUCCGAGGAAGUCAGGUCACACUCGUUCCUCCUCCUUCCACUGUAGUCAUGCCAGGGAUGAUCUUGUCUGCAAACCCUGAAGGCGUUGAGGUCGGAGGCUACUCUCCCUGUGCUGUGCCCGGUUAUGGGCAAGGCUUGGGAUAUGGGGGAUUCGGUUCUGGGCUCCUUGGUUCCAGUGGCUACAACCAUGGGAGGGGUGGCCUUCUCGGAUAUGGGGGGCUCAGUUCUGGGUUCCUUGGUUCCAGGGGCUUGUGCAAUAGGAGGGGUAGCAUUUUCGGACGACGUGGAAGCAUCUGCCAGUAGCCCUAUGGCAACGUGUGCGUCUAGACCAGCGAAACCUGUGUGAUACUCGGAAGACCCCUGGAUGUUCCAAGAUGAUACGGACCCAUUGCUGAAUGAUUAUUUUCUUCCUGCCUUCGGAGAAGCUGAGCUUAAGGACCAUUCCUGAAGCCUGGACUUUCUCUGUGAACUUCGCCGUCUUUCCUUUCCUCUCCUUUCCCAUCUCGGCUUCUGAAAUUCUUGAUGUAAGAAAAACGAGUCACCAGAAUUCUGUUGUAACCUCUUGUCUUGCUACUUACCUUUGUGUUUUACUUCCAUCCUAUUGCCCACUCAUGUCUCAUGUUUUCAAUAAAGU